GGCACCUGCGCACCUGUGGUAAACGUCGUGUGGACGUAACCUACGGCAGGGAGGAGGCACCUUGUGUUGAUUCCUUGAGCAGGUGAGGAGCAGCUUUAUAUUCAGUUGGAUUCCACAUACACGAGUCAUUCUGCUGUUAGUCUACGCUGUACUGAGGAUUGUUCACGGAUCAUAAAGAAAGAUGGUAUCCCUGUUGGAAAAAUCAAUGGAGGGCCUUAUCAAAGUAUUCCAUAACUACUCAGGAAAAGAAGGGGACAGACACAAGUUGAGCAAAGGCGAGAUGAAGAGUCUGUUACAGGGAGAACUCAGUGACUUUCUGGCGGCCAGUAAAGACCCAAUGGUCGCGGAAAAGAUUAUGUCCGACCUCGAUGAAAAUCGUGAUGGAGAAGUUGACUUUCAAGAGUUUGUUGUGUUGGUUGCAGCACUCACUGUUGCCUGUAAUGAGUUCUUUAUGGAGAGUAUGAAAAACUGAGUCCUUGCUUUCUGGCCCGUUUUUACACGAAUCACGAAAACAGGUGUUUAUAUCUUUACCAGUAAUUGUAAUGUGAUGACCAACAUGUUUGUUACAGUCUUUUCAAACCGGAUGUUGCUAAUACCACAUUCAUGUGGGAGACCAGUGUGAUCCAAUAAUUAUUUCAAUGUUUUCAGAGUAUAACGUGAUGCUUCAAGUGUAUUUGGAAUUGUACAUCUAUGGCUAACAACUUGUUGAGUUUGUGGCAAGUUGCAGUAAAGGACUUCUUUCCCCUCAAGACUAUGAAUGCUUUCUAUUUGUAUCAGGUAUGACCAAAGCACCUUUUACUCCCAAACACACCGAUUAAAUCAAAGCUGCAAGGACAUACUCAGUCAGGUGUGCCACUGGCAGAACUACAGUCUAUUAUUUAACCUGUCACUCAUGUAAAACAACUUUCGUAGCCCAUACCUAAUUGUAAUUUAUAAUGUCAAGCAGAGGCUUGAAAGAAAUGACGAAUGAAAUGGAUCCUUGUACACGACAUCUUGCCAGGGUUUUUAAAUACCACUUUGGCGGUACACUUCAAACUCAAAAGCCUAUGCGGCAGUGCUGAUUAGUAUGUACAAAUAAACCUUUCCAAAAUCUAAGAAACAA